CUCAGGCACUUGAACUCGCCUAAUUAGUUAGACUGCUAGCCCGGGACUGCGGGGCGAAAAUUCACCGUGGACGGCGCAAGCAUCGAUUCAUCCUGCAGGUCCUCAUCCGAUCUUCACUCUAAACAUAAUAUUUUAUUCCAGCGGUCAACUCUGUCAACACACUGUCCAGACAUUCAACAAGUUGACUCUAAUAUCGACACUUAUCAACUCCACGCAUUCGCCCCCUUGACACCCAACAAAGCUAUCCUCUUCACCUGGUACCAGCACACUCAGAACAGGCUUCGGAACAAGACCAUCUUAGAAAUCCUGCCUCGCCUCACAACUUGAACAUUGUUCAACACCUCAAGCACAUUUCUCUGCGGCCAAAACUAUGUCUGCCGCAGCUUCCCCUGCGCCCAGUGACGGCGAAACUAAGCGCGGCGAAGUCUCGUACAGAUUUUGUCAAGAAUGUUCCAAUCUCCUCUACCCCAAGGAAGACAGAAACACGUCGACGCUACUGUACAUCUGCAAGGCUUGCCAUGCCACAACUACUCACGACUCGGCAUGCACAUACCGACAACAACUGGGUGCUACUGUGCAAGAAACAGCUGGAGUGACUACAGAUGUUGCAAAUGAUCCUACUCUUCCCAGGACCAGCCAGAGGUGUCCAAAGUGUCGGGAAACGGAUGCGGUAUAUUUUCAGUCCCAACAGCGAGGGGCUGAAACAGGAAUGAAACUUUACUAUGUGUGCACUGCUUGCAAUCAUGUCUACACAGUCGUUUGAGCAUGGCGUUGAUGGAGUCCGAAGCUACUAUCAAAGUAUGCAUUACCUGGCGCUUGCAUCGAAGGCUCCAGGACGAACUUAUGAGGAAUACCCGGCGUGGAGCAUAUCGAGUGCACAGGAGUUCAGGAGAAACAACUGUCGAUGGCAGAGUCGAUAGGUUUGAUACGCAAAUGAUUUGUCAUGUUCAUACAAUUUUUUUCGUCACUAUACAGGGUAUCUUGACAGCUCUUCGAUUGAUCUUUGUACAUGCGAUAAUCC